CACAGCACGACCUCAGACCCAGGCAGCCGCUCCACUUGCCCUCAUGGCGGCUGGAAACUAUGGGUGACCAAACUCGGUUCUUGCCAAACCUGGAGGGCGUCUUCAUUUCCAUCAGCUCCGAGGAUGAACAUGAGGAACAAAGCUGUGAUGGAGAGAAGCUGAUCAGUGAGACCAAUGCCCACUUUCCUGGUUCUCCUGUGCAGGCUCAACCGCAGGUUAAUGGCCGAAAGCAUCCGCGAGAAGAGUCAGAUGAUGAAAGCUGUGAGUUUGAGUUUGAAGGAUUUGACAGUGACGAGGACUUCAUCCCGAAGAGUGCCAAGUUGUCACGACCUCGUUUGCUGCCAGCCUCGGAUUGCUCACCACAAGCGGAGGGCUCCAAAUCCAAAACUCUACCAGCGGAGCUGCAAGCGUUGCUUCCAGCGGAGCAACUCAGCGCUCCAAGGGAGCUCAAUGCUGCCCAUGUCUUGACUGACGAGCAGACCCGUGCGGUGAAGUAUGUUGCAAGCACUGCCAGAGCAAAGAGUGAAGCAGCCAAGGAGGGCCUACAGAGGCGCCUGGCAAAGUGGGGCUAUGACAAGGAUACUCUGGAAAAGGUCUUGACCUACAUUCGAGAUGAGGCACCUAUCGUCAUACAUACCGACUUGAGCAAGCGACUCAAUGCUUUCAACAAGGACACUCACUAUCGGAAUCAAUUUGAAACAGGAACGACCAGCGGAUCCAGUGAUAUGUCCAAGAGAAAGGCCUGGGAAAGCCGACUUUUCCCCGAUAUCUACGAUACAGUGGAAGCCACCCACCGCGUCAAAUAUGGUGUCCUCAACGCUGUCAAUGAUCCGCGGGGCAUCAUGUCAGUUGCAAAGCAGUACGGGCAGGACUAUUUGGUUCUGCGGGGAGUCCGUCUUCGCACCACUUUUUCCGACCGAGAUUCCUGCACCCAGGGCCAGCAGGCGUCUUGCGAAUGGUAUGCGCAUGUGCUUGAGAAGUAUACUGACACUGAGUUGCAAGCAGUGACAGAGGUUGCGCUUGGUGAUAGACUCUUCGUGGAUUCCAGUGUUUUGGACACUGCCGCAGGCGGCUACAAGGAGGUGCAGAUCCAUGGAGAAGUUGAAUUCAAGAAACACUUGGAAGCGGUCGUGGUCCAUCAUUCCCGGAAGAAGAGUAAGGUCUUGUACUCGGGGAUUGUGGAAUGGUGCAACUCCAUCGGUGUUCCGCUUCUGUGCAUGCCAGAGUUUUGUGAUGGCACUGCUUUGAUCUGUGGUCAAAGCAAUCCAGGAACUCAACUGACGGCUGAAACCCCGCUGUGGAGAUGGCGCCCCGAGAAGUCAACAGGACCAUGGGUGCGCUUUGAUGCUGUUGGGUCUUCUGUGCUAGAGGCACGCCGAAGACGAGAGACCGUGGAAUUCCCCUGCAUGCCGGUUGGGCAGAUCAGCAAUCUGAAUAUGGCAGCCUUGACCGCUUCCCUACUCAUAGGCAACAUCUCUGUUGAGUUGGCUUUGCAAAGGAGGACGGCAGGUGAUGGCGCCAGAGAGCAAGAAGCUGGAGCUGCCGGAGCCGCUGGAUGUGCCAUUUGGGAGUGGUGUGCCUCAGCCAGUGGGCAUGGUGCGUGGUGCAGAUACGCAGACACCGUGUCCACUGCGCUGGAGAAGGCCUGGAAGAGCAAGACCUCCCACACGUGGUUCAGAGUCGAGGAAUCAACAUACCAGUUGGACUUCGAGCUGAUGGUGCAGGUAAACUGCGAGACCAAGUAUCGCAGACUGGUUCGCCGGCGAAACAAUGGAAGCUGAGCAACGCACCAUCCACAUCCAUCCACACCAUCCAGAUCAUCCAGUUGAGCAAAA